CAAAAACAGUUAAUUUUUUUACAUUUAUCUCUCUAGAAAUUAAUAUUUUACACAUAGUUUUAAAAUUUUGAAUUUUAAUUUAUAUGGUUAAUCUAUUUAUUACAGUAAAAAUGUUUGUCUACAGCAUGCGAUGGAGUAUUUUUAAUUAUACUUAAUUAUUGUAUGGUGGACUGAAUGUCUUAUUAUGUCUUCAUCUGAUGAAAUUGCAGCUAAUCUAAGCUACAACGAUAUAGCUCGAAAAUUACUUAAUGAUCGGUUGUUAUUGACUGCUUUAGAACUGCAUUAUGAAUUGGUUGAAGCUGGUAAAGAAUUGCCUGGUCUUCGAGAGUUCUUCUCCAAUCCAUCAAACUUCGAACACACUUCUCCACAGAAUGAUAACAUCAGUAUUACACUUAGUAUGGGUCGUUCAUCAAGUCAGGCAACAUUAGAUUCAUUAGAAUUAACUCGAUAUUCUGAAGAUGGUGACAAAACCAUAAAUGAGCGAAUUGCAGUAUUGGAAUUUGAAUUAAGAAAAGCAAAAGAUACUAUUAAUGCCCUUAGAGCUAACUUAACUGUUGCAGCUGUAGAGCCUGAAGAAUUUAAUAGAGAAAAUAAUAAUCAAAAAAAUGAAUAUGAUGAACCAAUAAAACCCCAUGAACAAAGGGUACUUAACUUUUUGGUGAAUGAAUACCUUAUGCAGAAUAGUUAUAAACUAACAUCAAUCACAUUUUCUGAUGAAAAUGAAAAUCAAGAUUUUGAAAUUUGGGAUGAUGUAGGUCUUAAUAUUUCAAGACCUCCCCAUUUAUUAUCCUUGUAUCGAGAUAGAGCAAAAUGUUACUUGAAAAAAGAUGAAUAUUGUCAGAGUAAUAUAAUUGAUUUUGCAAAUUUUUCAACUCAGACAGAAGAAAGUUACCAUGACUUUAAUAACAAAAUUUUAAUGCUUAAAGAAACUAAUGAAAACCUCCUUUCUCAAGUAAAUUUGCUCAAAACUAAUAAAAUUUCUGAUAAUUUAAGUAGCAUACCAAAAGAAAAGUGGUUGCGCAUUGGUAAAUUACCUACAAAAGAAAAUUCUGCCAAAUGUGAACUACUAACAUUUUACAACACACUCAUAGAAAAAUGUUGGCCAGAUCAACAGUCUGUGUUAUUAGAUUUAGAUGUUGUACUGAAUACAGUAAUGGAUACAAAUAUAGAAUUAAACUUGUACCCUCUUAUAAAAUUACUUGAAAAUCAAAAAAUUUGCCAUUAUCAAAAUGAUGACACAUCAAUUGAUAUCAAUAAACAAGAGGAUUUUGUAUUAUUAAGUGUACUUAUGAUGCAUAUUCAUCCUGAUGAAAAUGAAAAAGAAAAAUUAUUGUGUUCAAUGUUAAACUUAAAAAAAAAACCUAGUAAAAAAGAGAGGAGCUCAAUUAUUCAAGGUUUAUCUUGGUUCAUUAAGUAUUCUCAAAAUUAUUUUUUUGAUAAAAUUAUCUUACCAAAUUUCUGGAUUUUACUAAAUGAUAAGUAUGUUGAAAGAAGGUUAUUAGUCGCUGAAGGUUGUUCAUUUUUUAGCCCUCACAUUACUUGUGAAUUGAGACAAUCUCUAUUGUCUCUUUUGCAACAAAUUUUAAUUGAAGACUCAGAUGAAACUGUUCGUGCAGCUGCUAUUAAAAGUAUUGCAAUUAAUGCAGCUAAUAUUUUCAAUAGUGAUAAAUAUACUCAGGUUGAAGAGCUCCUUUUUAUUGGUUUGAAGGAUGUAUGUAAAGAUAAUUUUGAGAUUACUAUUAACACAUUGCUACCAGUUUUAGCUAAAUGGGCAUUUGAUUCUGAGCGAUUACAAUCACAUUGUUUUACCCGUCUAAUAAAUUCUCUUAUUUCUCUAAUAGAGGCUUUAGAAUCUCAAAAAAAUAUCCAAAAAGUUGAACUAUUAGAAAGAAAUUGUUGUGCUAUGGUUCAUGCAAUUAGAUCCAUUCUACCAUACAUGGUGUUGUAUGUAGCUUCGGCCCCAGAGUGUUUAUCAUUAAAAAAGGAUCACAUGUCUAGAGGAGAAUUAAGAACAGGUUUUUCAGAUUUAUGUGUAGGAUUAUGUGAUCCAACAAUAUUUUUUUCCAACCCAGACUAUAAAAUUGGUAUUGUGAUGUGUAUAUUUGAUAUGGCUGUUGAAAACAUAGAUAAAACAUGGACCAGACUUCAAUGGCUUUUAGAAUUCAUGCUGCCUAAGAUGAUAGAUAUGGCUUUUCUUGUGUCAAUUUCCAAUAAAAAACUUUUACAAUCGCUUAAGUUUUUAUUUCAAUCGUUUUGCUGUGGAUUUGGAUCAAAGUUUACACUAUCUAGGGUUAAGCCCCUAUUUACUAAGAAAAUUCAAGAACUAGAAAAAUUAUUUGCAAAUGUCAAUGAAUCUUUACCAUCAUUAUCAAUUAUUUUUCUAUAUUUAUAUACAGUAUUAGCACCUAUACAGUCAGAAGAAACUGAACUAGAAUCUUUGCUCAAGAAAUAUGUUUGUAUGUUACCCUUAUGUGGUGUUCCUAUUGAUGUUUUACAUACAACUGUAUUUGAGUUGGCUUCAAAUCAUUCUCAUUUACAUAACAUAAUAUUAUCAUCGCUUUGGGAGGGAGUAAUCAGUCAAAAAGAAAGUGUACGUUUAGCUGUUACCAAAUUAUUAUCAUCAAUUAUACCUUGUCUGUCUGAUAUAAAUAUAACUAACAGGGUAGUACCUGCUCUUAUUACACUAUCAAAUGACUGUAAUAGUGAUGUCAAAAUAGCUUUGGUUCCAGUUAUUGGUGAAUUAAUGACUUCUACUAAUAAUAAAGAUACCAUUGAAAAAUGUCGGUUUCAAAUGAAAAGUUUGAUGGAAGACAGAUCAUUAAAUGAUAAUAAUGCAUUUGCUACCGAACUAAUAACUGCCUUUGGUAAAAUGGCACCAAAAUCUGAUCAACUAUACAGGGAAGAAGUUAUAAUGGUGCAAUUAAACAUGUACUCUGGUGUAGCAGUCCGAAUUAAUGACAUUUCGAGAAAAAUUCAUCUUACUAAAGUAUUAUUAGAUGCAUUUAGUUCUAUACUUUAUGAAUGUACAUUAUCUCAAAGUGCAAUUACUUCAUCUCUAUUACCUAGCUUAAGGUGCUUAGAAGAUCUGUGUAUUAAAAUUAAUUUACCUCAAAAAGAAUUAUCAAUUUUGUUGAUCAAAGAAGCAGAAUCAAAAUUAGCAAACAACUUGGAAAAUGGUAAUAGUAGUGGCUUAAAUGUAACUCAAGAUUUAAAGCCUAAAAUGGUAAAAAUGUUUCAAUCAUCAAAUAUUGCUAAGCAGACUAUGUUUUGGAAGAAAAGUAAUUCAACACAAUGAAAAAUUACAAUUACUACAAAUGAAGACCACGUUACUUAAAUUUUAUGUGUUAAAUGAUAAAAAUUUUGAUUUUGUUACAUAAUGAUCUGUAUGCUGAAUAAUGUUGUAUACUCGGAUAAUACUUAAAAUAGGAAAGAUUAAUAUAAUAUGUGAUAUUUAAAAAAAUGAUUUUUAAUUGUAUUACUAAGAUAUUUUUAAUAUUAUAAAGUAUUAGAUAAUGCAUAAUAUAUAUAUAUAUAUUAUUUUUUUGAUGGAUUUAUAAUAAAUGCAAUAUACUAAA